AGAGCAUAAUACUGGCGAGGAACCACUCAAGGAUUAUGAUGCGCGUGCAAGCCCUCUGUGGUCCGUCUAUAUGAAGGAAGCAGAGAGCCAUGACAAGGCACUCAUUGAGACAUGGAAGGACGAUAUGGAGGGGGUUAUUAUAUUCGCGGGUCUUUAUUCGGCCAGCUUGACGGCCUUCUUGGUAGAGAGUUACCAGCAGCUGCAACCAAACUCGGCCGAUCAGUCUGCUGUUCUUUUACAGCAGACCGUCUCGCUCUUGGCCCAGAUAUCUCAACAACUCGCGCCGAAUGGCUCUUCGUUCGUGCCAACCAGCUCUAGUAUUCGCGUCAAUAUCUUCUGGUUCAUGAGUCUGGUGUUCAGCUUGACAGCCGCCCUUGCUGCGACUAUCGUGCAGCAGUGGGUACGUGACUACAUGCAG